AGGGAGGUGUUUGCUUUUCAAGAGCCUGCACUUGCGUGGUGCUAAACCUCAGCUCCCCGGAGCAAGCAAAUGCUCCGCAGGGCAACGUCUGGCUGAAAACCAAGGGCUGCCUGGAGUGGAGGAGUAGUUUCCUUAGAAAUGCUGCAACCAAGCCCUUCCCUGGGGAGCUGGGGGAGAUCCGAGUCCUUGCCAGACCCCUAGUGCCACCCCAUCUCUCCACCCCAUCUCUCCACCCCAUCUCUCCACCCCUGCCUGGCACCUGGGUGCUCCUUUCGGCAUCAGACUAGCAGCCGGGUGGGUGCUGAGGGCAGCUCGGUUGCCAUGAUCCCCAGGGUGGGUGCAGCUUCCCAGCUCGCUGCAAGCGCUGUCGCUGCUGUGGCUGUUGGCACCCUGCAGCAGGCUUGGCCGGAGGGACCUCUCCAGACCUCUUUGGCAGGUGAGCAGGUGGAAGAGCUCAGGUUACAAAACAGACAGCUCAAGGCCAAAAUCACAUCCCUGGAAGAGCAACUGAAAAAGGAAGAGGAGAAGCACGAGGUCAUAGUCAAGAGCCUGGAGCAGAAAGCAAUGCUGGACAAGGAGAGCCUGAUGAAGGAGAUGGAGCAGCGAGUGGAAGCUUUGGCAACUGAGACGCACAGGAGGAUGAAUGAGACCACUCAGCAGGUCAUCCAGGAGAAUGUGGCCCUCAGGGCCCAGCUGGGCCGGCUGAACAACUACAACAGGGAUCUUCUGAAGGAUAACGAACAGCUCCAGGCAGUCAUGAGUGACCUGAAAAUCCAAGUGGAUCUUCUGGAGGACAGGGAGAAGGAAAUGGCCAAGCGCAUGGUCUGCAACCGCAAGGUGAUCUCGAUGCUAACCGCGUUAUGUGAGAUGCUGCAGGGGCUGGGGGAUGAGACGGAGUGGAAGAAGGUCCAGAGCCAGCUGGAGCAGCUGAAGGAAGCAGCUGCGGCACUGCGCUGCGAGGAGGACUCACGAGCAACAGUGGGGAAGAUGAUGCCUGAAGAGCAGCACCAGCGCAGGGCCUCAAGGGAGAUGGGGCGCGUGUGGAGCAGGGAGAGCAUUCUGAGCAAGGGCAGAGGCAGCAGCAGGGACCUCAGGGAGAGGCCGUCGGAGAAGAUGGGAAAAUCCCAGCACUGGGCCAAACUGCGGAACAGGCUGAUGAUGCAGGAGCUGUCAGAGUCCCCAGCUGCAGGGCUGCUGCUGGCUUUGAAGGAAAGCAAGACCUGUGAGCUAAACGCACCUAAAAGGAGCUCCAGCCAGCUGCAUCCAGUUUUGCCCCCAAGAGUAUUCCCUGGGAUGUCUAACAAGACGCCCUUCAGGAUGCAGCUACUUGUGUCCCACCUCAUGCCUAUACUGAGAGGCUCCAGCCACCUUCACAGGCUACCCCUUCUGGAACCGCCCAUGCCCCUGCCGCAGCCUGAAGGUGACGUACCAGCCAAUGAUGACUUUAGUCUGCAAGAUGGACAGGAAGACGCCCAGAGCUCCAGCCUGGACCAGCUCAGCAACCAGUGAUAGCCGGAGUUCAGCUGGCAGCGCAGGGGAGACAACAACAGGACCUUGCCCUGUAGAUGAAGGAGCAGGGCAGAACUGGGGCUGGGGGUUUAUUUCAUGUCUGUGCAAAACUGCUUUUAAAGCCAUUGCAGAGGUCUGUGCA